AUGAACAUAUUUGAUCGGAAGAUCAACUUUGAUGCACUCUUAAAAUUUUCCCACAUAACCUCCUCGACACAGCAGCACCUGAAGAAGGUCUAUGCCAGUUUUGCCCUCUGUAUGUUUGUGGCGGCCGCGGGGGCCUAUGUCCACGUGGUCACUCAUUUCCUUCAGGCUGGCCUGCUGUCUGCCUUGGGCUCUCUGGGGUUGAUGAUUUGGCUGAUGACAAUACCUCAUAGCCAUGAAACUGAGCAAAAACGACUGGGACUUCUUGCUGGAUUUGCUUUCCUCACAGGAGUUGGCCUGGGCCCAGCUCUGGAGCUGUGCAUUGCCAUCAACCCCAGCAUUCUUCCCACCGCCUUCAUGGGCACAGCCAUGAUCUUCACCUGCUUCACCCUGAGCGCCCUCUAUGCCAGGCGCCGGAGCUACCUCUUUCUGGGAGGUGUCUUGAUGUCAGCCAUGAGCCUGAUGUUCUUGUCUUCCCUGGGGAACCUUUUCUUUGGAUCCAUUUGGCUUUUCCAGGCAAACCUUUAUGUGGGGCUGGUGGUCAUGUGUGGCUUUGUCCUUUUUGAUACUCAACUCAUUAUUGAAAAGGCUGAAAAUGGAGAUAAGGAUUAUAUCUGGCACUGCGUUGACCUCUUCUUAGAUUUCAUUACUCUCUUCAGAAAACUCAUGAUGAUCCUGGCUAUGAAUGAGAAGGACAAGAAGAAAGAGAAGAAGUGAAAUGACCAUGCAGCCUUUCCCAUUUUGACCUCCUCUCCCUCCACCCCUCAUUUCCUCUUCGCACACAUUGCAGGUGGUGUGUUCUGUGAUAAUGAAAAGCAUCAGAAAAGCUUUUGUACUUUGUGGUUUUCUCUAUUUUGAAUUUUUUGAUCAAAAAACUGAUUAGCAGAAUAUAGUUUGGAGUUUGGCUUCGUAUUCCUGGGGUUCUUCCCCACUCCCUUUUCUGUCCAGCCCAUCCCUAGCCUCUUCCUCUGCUCAGGCAGCCAGCCGGUCGUCACGCGGAGGAGUGGGACCCACAGCAGAGCAAACUCCAGAAGUCCGCCGCCUACCUGCGCUUUACCAGGUGCACGUGAACUGUUCGGCAGAGCCACUCGGCUCUUCCCUCCCGUUGUGUUUUGUGCACGGUUCCUUUGGGACCAGGCAGGGUGUUUUCCGCUGGAGAGGAGUUUGGUGUUCGUGUUCCUCAGGCUCAUUACAUCUGAGCUGCUCGCAGCCCCUACCGAGGAAAUGAAGAGGCUCUUCCGGUGGAUGCUUUGCUUCCUCUGAGCUGCCCAAGCCGCCGCUGGUCUGGCAAACACACCUUCCUGUCUUGCUGUCCCAAACGGAAUGUGGAUUGACGUCUUCCCUUUCCCUGUUCCCGGUCUGACGCUCGGGGAAUCUGCCGGUUUCCCAUCCAUGGUGGGGCGGGAGGAUUUCCCCACAAAGGAAGGACUGAUUCUUGUCAGGUGUUUAUGAAAAGGCUGGUUAUGUAUGGCAAGAUACACAGAGAAUUCCCAUACUUCCUCUAUCUUUAUUUUUAUGUUUUAUCACCUUAGUUGCAGAGUGGUCUCUCCAGCCUGGCUUUGAUUGAAGAUCCCAGGAGAGGAAGGAUGGGGAAGGGGAGUGAUUGAGCCCAGGGGUAAUAGUAAACUAAUCCUGCCUGACAAACCUAGAUGAGGACCUGUUUGGGGCGGGGUGGGGAAUGGGGAGAGAAACGCUGCUAACUGAAUGCUGCUUUGUUGAGAUCAGCAGAACUGGGUUGUAAUGACUUGGGAGGCAGCAUUCCUAACAGUCCAGUGCAUUUCUGUCUCCUCCCGCCUGGACGGUGGUGUCAGGCCACAGGUGUGCAGCGGUAGAUGAACGUUCAUUUUACAGAUGCACUUUAGUUUUUGGUCUGUUCACCUGUUCCCAGAAAUCUGUAGCCUUCCAGCCGGGGACCAGGUGACCAAACCUGCAAGACAUCUGAUUCCCUACAGCUUGGUGGUUGUGAGUGUGGGAAGCCAAUACUAAUGGGGAUCACUGGCGCUUUCCCAGGGAGCUGCCAGUCAGCUGGCACAGAAGGGCAGGUGACCUGGAGACAGUUGUGGCUCUGGCUGUUCACAGGGUUUCAGUGGCGGGGGAACUGAGCCCUCCAAAGCUCAUUGCCAGUAGGAUACCAUUUUUGGCUCUCCCUGUUCAUAAGCAGCACAGUUUGACCCAUGGCUGCUGGUUCGCGGUCCCGUGAAGAGGUUUGUUCCCAGGGUGUGUGUAUUCCUGGAGUGGCGUGCUGCCCGGAAUGGCUUGCUUCUGCAGAGGGUGCUGCCCUCUGACCUAGCUGCCGCCUCCAGCCUCUGGCUUGAGAACUUUAAUAAAGGGACUUCCUUCCCAUUAAACACCCAAUAGCACUCUCCGUAAAUUUGUUGAUUCUCUGCAAGGCCUGAGAAUCUGGGUUACAUCUCUUGAAGCCAAACUCCACCUCUUGUGCUUUUUUGCUUGGGAUAAAGGAGUUUUUCUUUAGAAACAGUGCCAAGAAUUACAAGAUCUAAAAAACGACUUUUAAAGAAAAUGCCUAACAGGUUUUUAAUACAGUAAUCACUGUAAUUAUCACUUUCUUUUCUAGUUCCUUGGUUUUCAGCUCAGGCUGCAUUCUCUAACUCAUACUGUGAAGAAAAAGGUGUUUUUGAUUCAGAAAUAUAUGAAAUCUACAUAGUCUUAAUUUGUAAAAAAUAAAGAAAAUUCCUUAACCUUU